UGACAGCAUAUUCCGAUCCGUCAACUGGGAAAACAGAAUAGAAAACAACUUUCAUUUGCCCCAUAAAGACCAUAGAUGCUGAGAGAAGUAAUUAAAUUAUGGUUUGAGUUGAAGUAGUGGUAUGGGCAUUUGAUAAAAACAACAAUGUUCCCAAGAAUCCAGCUGCUUUUGGUGCCUGUGUUUAUCCAGUUCUUGGUUAUAGCUGCUUUUACAGAUAAUAAUGAUUAUGUUGCUCUAAAGUCACUCCAAGAAGGGUGGGGGAACCUACCUUCGAAUUGGCAAGGCUCAGAUCCUUGCGGUGAUCGCUGGAAUGGAAUUGUUUGCAGUGGUCCAAAGGUGGUUCAAUUAACUUUAUCAAGCAUGAAUCUCAGUGGUCAACUAUCUAGAGACAUUGGAAGGCUAUCUGAGUUGCAGAAUCUGGAUCUAUCAAACAACAAAGAUUUGACAGGACCUCUUCCUCCAGAAAUUGGAAACUUAAAGAAGUUGUCUAAUCUAAACCUUGAUGCUUGUGCGUUUUCUGGACAAAUUCCCGACACGAUAGGAUCUUUGAGCGAGCUGAAAUAUCUAUCACUGAAUUUAAACAAGUUCGUUGGGCCAAUCCCGCCUUCCUUGGGUAAAUUGUCGGAACUCUUUUGGCUGGAUUUGGCUGACAAUAUGCUUACUGGAAGUAUUCCUGUCUCUAACGGGAACACGCCUGGCCUUGAUAUGCUUUUCGAAAUAGGACACUUUCACUUUGGAAGGAACCAAUUCUCGGGCGAGAUUCCAGCUCGGCUUUUUAGUUCGAGAAUGAAAUUGAAGCAUUUGUUGUUUGAGCAAAAUCAGUUCACAGGAAGAAUCCCGGAAACAUUGGGGCUUGUUCAGUCUUUGACUUUCGUCAACCUUAACGGGAAUUUGUUGGGUGGACCUGUCCCGUCGAACCUUAACAAUCUCACAUCCCUCGAUGAACUGCACUUGUCAAACAAUAAAUUGAGCGGCCCCUUCCCGAACCUCACUGGCUUGAAUGCCAUCCACUAUAUAGAUAUGAGCAAUAACUCGUUUGAUCCAACAGAUUUCCCAUCAUGGUUCUCAACUUUGCAGGAUCUUAGAACAUUAGUAUUGGAACGUACCGGACUACAAGGACUUAUUCCAGAAUCACUUUUCAACCUCGAUCAGUUGCAGAACGUCAAUAUGAGGAAUAACGGACUUAAUGGCACACUGAGUAUUGGCCCCGACUACAGCAGACAAUUGGAACUAAUCGAUCUGCAGAACAAUUAUAUAGAUGCGUUUUCACAGGGACCGCUAUAUCGAUUUCAGAUUAGCCUCGUAGGCAAUCCAAUCUGUCACGAAUCAAACAGUGGAAGUUAUUGUGUCGUUCCCCGAAAGUCUGAUUCUAAUUCCACUUAUUCAACUCGAACAACAAAUUGCUUGCCUACCCCGUGCAGCUCGGAUCAAAUAUCCAGUCCUACUUGUUCUUGUGCUUAUCCUUACACUGGAUUUCUGUAUUUUCGAGCCCCUAAGUUCUCCAACUUGACAGACUCGAGUAAAUUUCUUACACUUGAAGAGUCUAUGAUGGAUGCGUUUAAAUCUCAACACCUCCCGGUGGAUUCAGUUUCCCUGAGCAAUCCAACAAAAGACGAGAAUAAUUUUUAUCUCGUAUUGUACGUGCAAGUUUUCCCAAAAGGCCAAAAUCAUUUCAACCAGACAGGAGUUUCUGCUAUUGGAUUUGUGCUUAGCUAUCAGAAUUUCAUCGCACCUGAAUUGUUUGGACCGUACUACUUUAUUCCUAAUAGCUAUAAUUUGAUUGAUGGUAGUGAGUCCUCGGGAUCAAGCAAGUCUUUGAGUACGGGAAUUAUAAUUGGAGCAGCAGUUGGUGGUUCAGUCCUUGUGAUAUUAUCACUUAUAAUCGGAGUUUAUGCUUUCUGCCAAAAGAGAAGAGCUCGAGAAGCGGUUAAAAAGAAUGAUCCUUUCGUUUCCUGGGAUAAAUCCAAAAGCAGUGUUGGUGCCCCCCAGCUACAGGGAGCAAAGUGUUUCUCAUUUGAAGAGCUUGCAAAAUGCACAAAUAACUUCUCAGAAGCCAAUACUAUUGGAGCUGGAGGUUAUGGGAAGGUAUAUAGAGGAACUCUUUCUAAUGGACAACUGGUUGCCAUCAAAAGAUCCCAGCAGGGAUCUAAGCAAGGCGCCCCCGAGUUCAAAUCCGAGAUUGAGCUUCUCUCGAGGGUUCAUCACAAGAACGUCGUUGGCCUUGUUGGGUUUUGUUUUGAAGAAGACGAACAGAUGUUGAUCUAUGAAUUCAUACCGAAUGGCACGUUGAAAGAAAGUCUGUCGGGGAAGUCUGGAAUCAAGUUAGACUGGAUGAAGAGACUUAGGAUAGCUCUCGGAGCAGCCAAAGGGCUGCAGUAUCUGCACGACCUUGUAAACCCGCCCAUCAUCCACCGUGACAUCAAAACAAAUAAUAUUCUGCUAGACGAGCGCUUGAAUGCUAAAGUUGCAGAUUUCGGUCUCUCCAAGUCACUUAGCGAGCACGAGAGGACUCAUGUUACCACUCAAAUUAAAGGAACUAUGGGGUACAUGGAUCCCGAAUAUUACAUGACGAAUCAAUUGACAGAGAAGAGCGAUGUUUAUAGUUUCGGGGUGGUGUUGCUUGAGAUUAUAACUGCAAGGCCUCCUAUCGAGAAAGGAAAGUACAUUGUUCGAGAAGUGAAGGAAGCAAUGGAUAAGACUAAAGACAUGUAUGGCCUUCUUGGUGUUCUUGACCCGGCCAUUCACUCAAGCGUGACACCUACCAGUUUAGAGAAGAUGGCCGAUCUUGCUUUUAGGUGCGUCGAAGAUGAGACACUGAAAAGGCCGACGAUGAGGGAAGUGGUGAAAGAGAUUGAGAGCAUCAUGGAAAUGUUGGGGAUAAACCCUCAUGCUGAUGAAUCUGCUUCAACUUCAGAGACCUAUUCAGGAGUGAGUAAAGGGUCUACUGAACAUCCUUACAAUGAUGAAAGUCUGUUUGUGUAUACUGGGGUGCAACCCAAGUAAGAUUCAAAUAGUUUAAAGAGUGUGUUUCAACUUUUUCUUUUUUAAUUAGUGAUGUAGAGAAAUGUUGACUCUAUUUGCAUUAGUUCUUGGGGAUUGAAUAAGGUAUGUAACAUAUUGGCUCCGUUUGGUAACAUAGUUAGCUUAUGGGUUAAUUUUGGCUUA